CGUUUCGGGUCGAAAUAGACACGUUACUGUGCGCUGCGAGCGAGCGGAUGCUACCUGUAAGGAAGGGCUCACCUGGAUUACAGCUCUGGUCCACAUUUUGCAUUCAUUUUGCUGGAUUACGAGUAUAAUUUGGAUUAAAUAUGACUCUGGAAGAAGUUGUUGGAAAUAGCGCUACUGAGAAAAAAAUGGAGACAGUAAGUCAGGCUUUAGAAGAGCUGCUGGUAGCUGCGCAGCGACAGGGCUGUCUCACCGUGGGAGUGUACGAGUCUGCAAAGCUCAUGAAUGUCGAACCGGACAGCGUGGUGCUGUGCAUUUUGGCCACGGAUGAGGAAGAUGAGGAUGACAUAGCUCUGCAGAUUCACUUCACGCUUAUCCAAGCGUUCUGCUGCGACAUCGACAUAAACAUUUUGCGGGUGUCUGGCAUGAAGCGGCUGGCCCAGGUCCUGGGCGAGUCGACAGACAGCGAUGGCAGCGACGCCAAGGAUCUGCACUGCAUACUUGUCACUAAUCCACAUGUUGACCGUCUGAGGUGCCAGGCACUGGAGGAGGUGGGAAGCUACUGCGAAGAAAGUCGCUGCAAAAAUGAAUGGGUACCUUCACUGUCACUGCAGGAGCGCUGACCGGACUUCCGUGAGCGUGCAGAAGCGAUGCAAGAAGACGACUGACUCGUCAUUCGGAAAGAUGUUGUACGUGGCGGUUGACAGCGAGGAUGUUAUGUCAGGCAUCUGUUUGGAAGAAGGCGCCAUAGGAGGCCAGAAUGAUGACGGGGCCUUGUGGGGGUUUCGGUGUCUCCACCUCCAUGCGGAAUGGAGCAGUUGCGGGAAAAUGGGCUUUUUCCAGCUUCAUACCGUCUGGUCCGCUGAGCACAGAUGUUGCUGAGGAAGUGGUGGAAAUGGUACAGACUCUGUGGGUGAAAAGACUGAGGAAGGGCAGAGGAGACACAAUAUUUCCUUGUUGGACAAUGUGAUGUGGCUCAGCAAUGGAGGUCUCCGUAGAAAGGGCUGGAAGAGCGUCUGUGCUCAUGCUGUCAGAUUUGGCUUUUCCUGUGUGAAACGUUUCACUUGAAUUCUGAGUUGAAUUCACAGGUUGAAUUGUGAACGUAUUUAAAAAUAACUUUCUAUU